AUGCGCUUGCCUGGCAACGUCGGAACGGACAUUCUGGGCUUCCACUCCAUAGGUCCGAUGAUGGGAAGAGCAACGUUCGACCUCAUCCUCCCUGCAUCUACUUGUGGCAUUUACAUGGGCGUUAAGGAAUGGCGAGGAAUCAAGAAAUCAUAUUGUCGUAUAGACAAUCUAUUCAGAAGCAACACAACUUGGUCCUAUGGCUUGAACGGCGAAAUGCCUCGUCCUCAUUACGGCAGAGAACGGCAUCAGAUCCGAGCAGACACCGUCCACAACUUCGCGCUCGAGUGGAGCAGCCAUUGCUUUGAAGUCUCACUCGAUAACGUCGGGGUGACUAGAAUUACCACAAGCGCCAACGGCAUCGAGAUGGCGCCUCCCUUAGCAGAAGUGUUCGUGUGGCUGUACAGGCGAACACACGCAGACGAUUUCCAGCCAAGCUUCAGGUCUAAGCCAUCUCCUUUAUCUCACACUGCGACAGUGAAGUGCAGCAUCUGCGCGCAGACGAAAUGCAUCACUGCAACACGUUGGAGAGUCUGCCCGACGUGUUCGACAUGGAUGUGCCACAGGCAUGUGCUACAUCACCCAGACCAAUUAAGCCCUUUCUGUCCUGCUCAACUUCAGGAUGCUCUCGGGGGCAGUAGCGACUACUUGUCAGUUACAGUUUCUGCUGCGGCGAAGCUUGAGUCUGACAAGUCUCCCUACGUGCACGCAGGCACAUACUAUAAAAAAAUGCAAUGGCAUCUCCAAUCUGAUUGCAAGUUCCAUGGCGUCAUAAACAAGAUCCUGCGCAAGCACGCUGAUGUUUGGAACAACAUGCCUGAGGCACUCUACUUGCUGCCUGAUCCGGAUGAGAAAAUCAGUAUGGCCAAGCGGCAGUGGGAACAAGUUCUCCACAGAGCGAGAAUCAUAUUGGACUUGCUGCACCAAGGCCAAGACGUCGUGUUAUACCAUUUCAUUUACGAUCAGGCUCGCCGCUUGAGGAUCAAACCGACAAAUUUGCAGACGAUCUUGACGGUCUGGGUGGAUCAGUGCCUGGACGGUCAAGAAUCAGACGAAGAAGCCAUGGACGUUACUGAUGUUUCUGCGGCAGGACUGCGAGUUGUCUUUAUCAUUUUCUGA